CUUCUCUCUCUCUCUCUUCGCCUCUCUCUCUCUCUCUAAAAUCUCAGGGCUCUGAUUGCGCCCUUUUGACAAACCUCCGCUCUUCGAUUCCCAGUGGUUGUUGUAAGCGGAGAUUUAGUGGACUAUUUCCUGAUCAGGGAAUGGCUGGGGUUGUCAGUGAGGAGUCUGGAGUGGGAAAAUCUGCGGAGGGAAUCUCAAGUGGGCAACGGUGUCAAUCUGGGGAUGCAUUGGCAGAGUGGCGAUCAUCUGAGCAGGUUGAGAAUGGAAUCACGUCUACCUCGCCUCCUUAUUGGGACACUGAUGACGAAGAUGAUGGUGGACCAAAACCUUCUGAACUGUAUGGAAAAUAUACAUGGAAGAUAGAGAAGUUUUCUCAGAUUACCAAAAGGGAACUUCGCAGUAAUGCAUUUGAAGUUGGUGGCUACAAAUGGUAUAUUUUAAUCUAUCCACAAGGUUGUGAUGUUUGCAAUCAUCUUUCGCUGUUUCUGUGUGUGGCUAAUCAUGAUAAACUUCUUCCAGGAUGGAGCCAUUUCGCGCAAUUUACAAUUGCCGUGGUCAACAAAGACCCAAAGAAAUCAAAAUAUUCUGAUACGUUGCAUCGAUUUUGGAAGAAGGAGCAUGACUGGGGAUGGAAAAAAUUUAUGGAGCUUUCCAAGGUGUAUGAUGGAUUUGUUGACGCUUCUGACAAUUUGAUAAUAAAAGCUCAAGUUCAAGUCAUUAGGGAGAAAUCAGACAGACCUUUUCGUUGCCUUGAUUGUCAGUAUAGGAGAGAACUUGUUAGGGUAUAUUUGACAAAUGUAGAACAAAUUUGCCGGCGCUUUGUGGAAGAGAGAAGAAGCAAGCUUGGGAAGUUGAUAGAGGAUAAAGCUAGGUGGUCGAGCUUCUUUGCUUUCUGGCGGGAAAUUGACCAAAAUUCUAGGCGCCGCAUGUCGAGAGAGAAGACAGAUGUAAUUUUGAAAGUAGUUGUAAAACACUUCUUUAUAGAGAAAGAAGUCACGUCUACGUUGGUUAUGGACUCUUUGUACAGUGGGCUGAGGGCUCUUGAAGGCCAGACCAAGUGCAAGAAGGCUAGGGUAAAAUCACUGGAUGGUGAAGAAAUGCCAGCACCAAUUAUCCGUGUUGAGAAGGAUAUGUUUGUAUUGGUGGAUGAUGUUUUACUGCUACUAGAAAGGGCUGCUAUAGAACCACUCCCUCCUAAAGAGGAGAAGGGUCCUCAGAAUCGUACAAAGGAUGGAAACUCGGGAGAGGACUUCAAUAAAGAUUCUAUAGAGCGUGAUGAAAGGCGUCUCACAGAAUUGGGUCGUAGAACUUUGGAGAUAUUUGUCCUUGCCCAUAUAUUCAGCAAUAAAAUUGAGGUUGCAUACCAGGAGGCUGUUGCACUUAAGAGACAGGAAGAGCUCAUCCGGGAAGAAGAGGCUGCAUGGCAAGCUGAAAGUGAUCAGAAAGUAAAACGUGGGGUCGGUGAGAAGGAAAAGAAGUCAAAGAGAAAACAGGCAAAACAAAAACGGAACAAUCGGAAAGGAAAGGAUAAAGGGAAGGAGGAGAGGACUGCUUUGGCUCUUAAUGGCAAGAACCAAGAUGACAAUGAUGUUGAUGAGAAAAAGGAUUCUAUUAUGGAUGAGCCUCAAAGUCUGUCUGAAAAGGCUGAUGCCAUGGAAGAUGUUUCUGAUGCGUCUGACUCCGUGGAUGCCGUUGUUGAGGUACUUCAACCUGAUUCAGAAGACAGAGAUGCUAGUCCUGUUAAUUGGGAUACUGAUGCAUCUGAAGCUCAUCCUCCAACUGAGGCUAGUAGCAACGGCAUAGGUGUUUCAUCGAUGCAAAAUGGACUGUCUGAGAAAAGGAGCAGUUCAGUGAUAGAUGAUAGUUCUUCAACAUGCUCAACUGAUUCAUUGCCAUCAGUGGUCAUGAAUGACCAUUACAAGGGGAGCCCUUUCUCAAAUUAUAAUGCCCAGAAGUCACCUAGCAGAGCUAAGAACCAUGGUAAAGCAUCUUGUGAUAUUGGUAGCUGGACAAAUGAAACAGAUGGUCAACCAUCUGGUUCUGCCACAGUUGCUGUGGGUAUUCACAAUGAGUCUGGAAGCAGUAAGGUUCGGGAAUCUGAGUCCAAGGGCACUGUCAUCUCCUUGCGGGACCGGUUAAAGUGGGCUGAGCAGCAUGUUGUAAGAAAGGAGGAGGAUGUUGCUUCACUGCAACAGAAACAGAAUAUCAAAGACCAAGUUGAGACAGAGAGACCUGUUGACAAUGAAAGUCUACGGAAAGAGAAUAUACCUGCAGUGCCAUCCUCACCAUUAAGUCCCCUUAGAAACAUAUCCUCAACUGUUCAGAUGAAGUCAGAAGAACACAAGACCAGCGCUACGGUAGAUCCUGUUCAUAUCAGGAAAACAUCUUCACCUUUCUCAUCUGCAUCACAAGCAACAACUGUGUCCAAAACCGAGACCCUAAAAUCUUCAACUGCAAGUGUGAGAUUAACUGAAAGAUCUGUAGCACAACUUUCCGUGAUGUCAAGACCUUCUAGUUCUCCUUUGGUUCCUGGUCCCAGGCCUGCAGCUCCUGUUGUCUCAAUGGCUCAAACAGCUCUUCCACUUUCACGUUCAGUGAGUGCAUCUAGUCGGUUAGGUCCUGAUCCAUCACCUGCUACUCACAGUUAUGUUCCUCAAUCCUACAGAAAUGCUAUAAUAGGGAACCCAGUGACUUCAACAGCUGCCAAUCUGACCCAUUCCAGUUCCUCUAGUUCCACAGUGAAACAAUCUUCUGGGUUUUCUCAACCGCCCUCCAUGGUAUCAUCACCAAUAUUUUUACCCCAGGGCUCUGAUAGAAUGGGCACUAGUGCUGGCCAGACAGGUUUGCCCUUUGGCAUGGUUAAACGCGAUGUAUUACAUAAUGGUCCCCAGUGGAUGGAAAAUUCUCAAAGCGAAACAAGCAGAAGCAUGCACUAUGACCAACCUUCCGGGCUUAAUGACAUUCAAAACCAUGACUUGUACAGGCCAGUGCACAGUAGAUCUAUGGGUGAUAUCUUGACUGAGUUCCCUGCUUGCACAUCUGGCCGUCAGAACCAAGGGUUGUUAGUGGAUGAGUUCCCGCAUCUUGAUAUCAUAAAUGACCUGCUUGAUGAUGAAACUGGUGUUGGAAAGUCGGCAAAGGCGAGUUCAACAUUCCAGUCUCUUAAUAGUGGGCCACACUUGCUUAAUCGACAGUUCAGUUAUCCUGGGGACUUGGGUGCAGAUGAUGAGUUUGGAUCCUCAACCAGUUCUUGCAGGUUCGAGCGUUCGCUGAGUUUCCAUCAUCAUGAUCACGGAUUUCAAGGAGGUUAUAGGUCGUCUAAUGGGCAUUUCGAUUCAAUGAGAGAUUAUGUUCCACAAAUGAGUACUUCUUACGUCAAUGGGCAGGUUGACGGGGUGAUGCCUAACCAGUGGCAGGUGGGCGGAUCUGAUCUGCUAUAUCUAGGUAUGAGGAACUCGGAUAAUGAUGGUUACUCGUACUAUCCAGAUUACUCAAAUGUGGCAUCUGGUAUCAAUGGUUAUUCCAUAUUCCGGCCGUCAAAUGGUCCUACUUAGAGAGGGAAAAGAGGAUGGAGAGUGUCCAGAAAUGAGUGGUCACCAUCCAAAUGGAAUAAUGUAUUUGGGGGGAUUUGUUGGUUCUCUUUUUAGAUUGGAGUGAGGUUGUGAUCACUUCAUAAGCAAAAACAUCUUGUAAAGAGUGUUUCGGUUAUUUGUUUCCAGCUUUUGUUUAUGAAAUUCAUACGUGUCUUGGUUAUCUGGGAUUUAUCAUUUAUGGAUGAAUCAUUAUGAGGUUUUUUA